AUGUCGUAUCUUCUACCGCACUUGCACUCCGGUUGGGCUGUUGAUCAGGCGAUUCUCGCCGAGGAAGAGCGUCUUGUCGUUAUACGAUUCGGCCAUGAUUGGGAUGAGACUUGUAUGCAGAUGGAUGAAGUGCUCUCUUCUGUUGCUGAGACGAUAAAGAACUUUGCAGUCAUAUAUCUGGUUGACAUAAGUGAGGUUCCAGACUUCAACACCAUGUACGAGCUCUAUGAUCCUUCGACGGUCAUGUUCUUCUUUAGGAACAAACACAUCAUGAUCGAUCUUGGAACUGGUAACAACAACAAGAUCAAUUGGGCUCUCAAGGACAAGCAGGAGUUCAUUGAUAUCAUCGAAACCGUCUACCGCGGUGCAAGGAAAGGUCGUGGGUUGGUGAUUGCUCCCAAAGAUUACUCCACCAAGUACCGCUACUAA